AUGCAAGCUUCAACGUUCGCUGUCAAGGGAAACUUAGGUUUCAACAUAAAAAAUCAUAGGGUUUUACCAGAACUUGGUGAAUUUUGGAGGAGGAGGAGUUCAGCGCUGAAUGAUCAUUGCAUGAAAGAGAGAAACAGUUGCUUUGGAUUGCGCGUCGAUUCCGUUUCCAUGGGGGCUGAGCUCGUCCGUGCGAGAGCGAGUGUUCAGAGUGCAUUUCGGUCCUCAGUCAAAGCCAGAUCAGUCAAGGCUCAAGCUUCUGAAGGAGAUAUUGAGGAUGUUGCUCCUGCCAAAGUUCAGGAGAAAUCAUCUGCAUCAGUUCUGCCAUAUGUUGGUGUUGCUUGUUUGGGAGCCAUUUUAUUUGGAUAUCAUCUGGGGGUGGUUAAUGGUGCCCUAGAGUAUCUUUCCAAGGAUCUUGGGAUUGCUGAAAACACUGUUUUGCAAGGAUGGAUUGUUAGCACACUUCUUGCUGGCGCCACUGUUGGUUCAUUUACGGGGGGAGCAUUGGCUGACAAAUUUGGCCGGACAAAGACUUUUAUACUGGAUGCAAUCCCACUUGCAGUUGGAGCAUAUCUCUGUGCCACAACCCAGAGUGUACAGACAAUGAUAAUUGGUCGUUUACUAGCUGGCAUUGGAAUUGGCAUCUCAUCUGCUAUUGUGCCACUUUACAUUUCCGAGAUAUCACCAACCGAGAUUCGGGGUACACUUGGAUCUGUCAACCAACUAUUCAUCUGUGUUGGGAUUCUUGCAGCAUUGGUGGCUGGAUUGCCUUUAGCUGGAAAUCCUUUGUGGUGGAGAACAAUGUUUGCUGUUGCUGUUGUUCCUUCUAUACUUUUGGCACUUGGAAUGGCAUUUUCUCCAGAAAGCCCUCGGUGGCUCUAUCAGCAAGGGAAAAUCUCUCAAGCUGAAACAGCUAUUAAAAGGCUAUUUGGAAAAGAAAGAGUUGCUGAAGUUAUGAAUGAUCUAAAUGCUGCAGCUCAAGGUUCUUCAGAACAAGAAGCUGGGUGGUUUGAUCUUUUCAGUAGCCGGUAUAAUAAAGUUGUCAGUGUUGGUGCAUCACUUUUCUUGUUCCAACAGUUGGCUGGAAUAAAUGCUGUGGUAUACUAUUCUACUUCUGUGUUUCGUAGUGCUGGAAUUACAUCUGAUGUUGCCGCCAGUGCUCUGGUUGGGGCGUCAAAUGUUUUUGGUACAACUGUGGCAUCCUCUUUAAUGGAUAAGCAGGGAAGGAAAAGUCUUCUGAUUACAAGCUUUGCUGGAAUGGCUGCUUCAAUGUUGUUACUUUCGCUGUCUUUCACCUGGAAGGCCCUGGCACCAUAUUCUGGCACACUAGCUGUUCUGGGGACUGUCCUUUAUGUACUGUCCUUUUCGCUUGGUGCUGGUCCUGUGCCUGCUCUUCUACUUCCAGAGAUAUUUGCCUCUAGAAUUAGAGCAAAAGCAGUUGCCUUAUCACUAGGGAUGCAUUGGAUAUCUAAUUUCGUCAUCGGCCUGUAUUUUUUGAGCGUUGUAAAUAAGUUUGGUAUCAGUACAGUGUACCUUGGAUUUGCGGCUGUCUGUCUUCUUGCCGUCUUGUAUAUAGCUGGUAAUGUUGUGGAAACAAAGGGAAGAUCACUCGAGGAAAUAGAACGUGCCCUUAACCCAGCAAUUUAA